AUAUAAAAUUACGGAAUAAUGCGAGUGUUACCACUGAUUUUCCAUUGGUUGUCGUAUCUGUCAGUUUGUGAUGGGUAUCGUUUGCUUGGAUUAUUUCUCAUACCAAGGACGAGUCAUUUUGUUAUGUUUGAACAACUGAUGAAGGGCCUGGCCAGGAAGGGCCAUCAUGUCGACAUGGUCAGCAGUUAUCCAUUGAAAAAGCCUUAUCCAAAUUACACUGAUCUCGUGACACUACCAAUAACUAGAGAGGUGGUGAACAAACUUUCCUAUGCUAAAAUGAACAUCCUCUUUACUGUGAAUCCGAUGUACGUUAUUGGGGCACUGGGAGGAAACGAAGUUUGCGAACAUUUAGGAAACACAAAAAUAAAAGAGCUAGCGCAACCAAAGAAUCCGUCUUACGACGCAGUUAUAAUGGAGGUUCAUGGCGCGCAAUGUUUCAGUAUCAUCGCCCACUUAUUAAAAAUUCCUAUGAUUGGGGUCAGUACCACAGGAACGCUGUACUCAUGGCUACCUCAAAUAAUCGGUCAACCUGAGAAUCCGGCCUUUGUGUCUAAUAUCAUUUUAGGUUUCACCACCCCUAUGAAUUUCUGGCAACGACUAUGUAACGUCUUGCGCACACUCUACGACAAGUGGUUUUUCGAUUACUUGACAACACGGGUGCAAGACAGGUUGAUAAGAGAAAACUUCGGACCGGACAUGCCGAGUGUACGGGAAUUGGAGAGGAAGCUGUCGCUGAUCCUCGUCAACUCUCACAUCACACUGCAUGGGGUACAGCCGAGGACACCUGCCGUGGUGGACGUGGGAGGGCUUCAUAUCCAUGCUGAAAAUGAAACGUUGCAACCUGAACUAAAGAAAUGGAUGGACGACAGUAAAGAUGGUUUUAUAUAUUUCACGUUUGGCUCGGUGACGAUAGAGACGUUUCCACACGAGUUUUUAAGGAUCCUUUACGCCUCCUUAGGCAAAAUUGCACCAGUGCGGGUUUUAAUGAAGGUAACAGCUCCGGAGAAACUGCCAUCCGGUUUGCCCGAAAAUAUCCACAUAUCUCCUUGGAUGCCGCAGCUCAUGGUAUUGAGACAUUCUAAUAUAAAAGUCUUUAUCACCCAUGGCGGAUUGAUGGGCACGCAAGAAGCGAUAUCAUGCGGUGUCCCUGUGAUUGGUAUACCGCUUUUCCUCGAUCAAUUUACGAAUAUCAAUGCCUACGUUGUCAAAAACAUUGCCAUACGACUGGACAUUAAUGAGAUUACCGAAAGAAGCAUGGAUGCAGCCUUAAAUGCAAUAUUACAAGACCCCCUGUACAGGGAAUCUGCGCAGAAUCUAUCCCGACGAUUUCUUGAUCGACCAUUAAAUGCUAUUGACACAGCUACUUAUUGGAUCGAGUACGUUAUCAAGUACGGUGAAAAUUCGUUGCGAUCGCCUGCGAUGGAUAUGUCCUGGUUGCAAUUGUCUCUCGUCGAUGUGAUUGGAUUUCUCCUGUUUUGCGCAAUAAUCAUUAUCGCUGUAAUUGUAUUUAUUGUGCAAUUCACAUUGAAAUUGAAACACAAAGAUUCUAAUACGUUAUAUUCAAAAAAGUUCAAAGCAAAUUAAUUAUUAAGUAUAGAUAAAUAAUUCUGUGCGUUUUGUUUUAUAUUUAUAUCUCUGCACAAAAAUUUGUACUGGAAACGACUUAUAGAAUGUCAAGGCAAAUUGGUAUUGGACAAUGUAAUUAAAAAUAAAAUUGAGUUUUAAGGGCCUUGAAAAACCCUUGAACGUCUCAAAAAU